GACAGGUCCAUCUCAGAUCGAAUGUCCAAUUAGCUCUCGAUAUGUCGAAAUCACAAUCCAUAUCCGUCUUAAGAAAUUACCAUGACUGCGAUUUGGCACGAGGGUCUGAAAGUUAUCUACCAGGCUUACCAACCCAUGCAGCUACUUUGGCAAAAUGGAGCAGACAGAUAAGGAAGUACAUGAUACUGAGCAUGCACCAUCGCAAGACAAAACAAGUUUUUCGCAGUCACGCUGCCAUAAUAGGAGAAAGAGCAAGGCAUGCUCGUGGGACACAUAUUUUCAUAAUACAUCCCUUCAGUAUAUUCGCCAUUUACAGAGAGCAUUUCAUGUGCAUUCUGUGGAUGAUAUCUUUCGCCAUGGAUCCUUACAACGUCAGUUUUCACUACUCAGCUUAUCUAACUCCGAUAACGCUCCCUAUGCAGAUGUUCAUUGAUUUACUCAUAUUCAUCAACAUCAUCUUGGAAUUUUUCGUCGGUUUCUACGUGCCCAUAACCAAGGAAAUAGUGUUGGAACCGAAACAGAUCAGACGUAGAUAUCUGCGAACAUACUUUUUCGUCGAUUUAUUUUCAUGCUUACCCUACUACCAUAUAUUUUUGAUGUUGGGAUUGAUAAAGUUGAAUUCACGAUUCGACUUCAUUGGAAUGAUUAAAUUAAUCAGAAUUGUCCGUUUGAAUACUAUGAGUGAUUAUAUGAGAGACCUUUUCCUAGAAAUGAGCAUGAGAGAAUCUGCAAUCAAGUGGGUAAAGAUCUUCUUGAAGACAAUAUAUCUGAUACAUUGGUGGGCUUGUACCUUUCACGGUUUUCCCAUACUGUACAGCAAUGGUCACGUGAAUCUUUCCGAAGACUCGUGGCUUAAUAAGGCACAACUGUACAAAGAAGGAGCUGGCAUCAGUAUGGCAUAUAGAUACCUAAUUUGUCUACUGACUGCAACCAGUCAUUUUUAUGGCGCAAGUGAAGCCAAUCAACAUUUUAUAUUGCCUUUAGAAAGAGUCAUGGCAUCUCUCUGUGUAGUAUCUGGCUUUGCUUACUGUAUAUAUUUUGCUGCAACCUUUCUUCAGAUCUUCGGUUCUAUCAACAUAGCAGAUAGCAAGUAUGAUGAGUUGGUGUAUCAAUUGGAGACAUAUAGCAGGGUUAAGAAAUUACCAGAGAAUCUACAUAAAAGACUCAAAUCCUACUAUGAAUACAAAUUCCAAAAAAAAUUCUUCGAUCAAGAAGCCAUUCUGAGCACCCUCUCGGAACAUCUCCAAUAUGAGAUCUUGCUUUUCAAUUGUAGACAAAUAAUUGAAAAGGUGAUGGCGCUUCAAGGUUUAUCCAAGAGUGUGGUGGGUGGACUUAUAGCUAAUUUCAAAUUGGAGGUGUAUCUACAGAAUGAUGUUAUAAUCAAACAGGGCGAUCCUCCGUUCAAGAUGUACUUCAUUUCGCAUGGUACAGUGGCAGUGUAUUGGUCCAAUGGACAAGAACUUACCCAUCAUGAAGACGGAGACUUUUUCGGUUCGCUUCAAGAACCCAGUAUUGUUAGCGUUGUUGCUGCAGAGAUUACCGAGACAUUUUCUAUGGAUGUGAUGGACGCGAAGUAUAUUUUCAAGUUGGAAAAAGAAGUAUCGGAGAGAAUGAACCAACUGCAAGCCUCCAAACAGGCAGAAUACCGAAGUUUAGCGCAGAUUUUGGAUGACGUGGAUGGUAAAAGUGUAUUGAUGGAAUUGAGAAGAGGCUAUAUAUUGGAAAAACGGCGAUUGAGAUGAAAAUAGUUAUGUUAUUUAGAAUGUAAGAAUUCGAUUGAUUUGUCUUUUGAUUCACUGUAUUUCAAUUAUUAUUAUAUAGA